AUGGGGAAGAUAACGAGGUCGAGAAAGGGGUGUUUCACGUGCAAGCAGCGGCGCCGCAAGUGCGACGAGACAAAGCCCAGCUGUCUCAACUGCGUCAACUCGGGCCGCAAGUGCGCCGGGUACGGGCUGCGGCUGGUUUUCGACGUGGACGACAGCCGGAACGAGAAAGGCAAGGUCAGCACCGACGCCAAAGGCCAGCCCAAAUACGGGUUCCGGGGGCGGCCGCGGAUCAACAACGGCGAUUUGAAGCUGGCAGUGAAGAAUUCCACGAGCUCUGAGCCGGAGACAGUGCAGUCUGUGGAGCCGGCAGCGCAGCCGAAGCCAGAGAGUCAGCCGUGGCCGUUCUCGCCGAACGUGCAUUUUGACGACCUCCGAGCAGGCGCACCAGCAGCAGCAGUACCAUCUCCAGCAGCUGGAGCAGCAGCAAGAUCAGCUGCUACAGCAGAUCAACGCGCCGCAGUCUGUGAGCGAGAGCGGCGCGUACCCGUUCUCCCUGGACAGCGAGCUGACUUCGAACCCGUCGGAAGACAACUACAUUCUCAAGCAUUUCUUCGACAAGACGAUAUUUCUGCUGGACGCGCAGCCGUCGGCUCCCUGGCCGGAGCUGAUGCUGCGGUUUGGCAGUCUGGAACUGGCCAAGUCAUGCUUCCUGUCGCUGAGCUCGAUCCAUCUGUAUGUGAACAACGGCAGCAACAAGUUCUACAAGAAGGGCAUACUGCACAUCAACAACACGAUGGAGUACCUGAUCAAGUACGUGCGGACCAAGGACACGUCGCGGCCGCAGCUGAGCGAGGAGGACGGCGCGGGCGCGCCGCUGAACGUGGACAGCAUCGUGACGAACCUGAAGAGCGAGAGCACGGACCGGAAGCAGGGCAAUUUUUUCGUGAUCCUGCUGCUGCUGUACGUGCACCUGCUCUUUGCAAUUCUCGAGAGCGGCCGGUCUGCUCUGUCGCGGAUUUUUCUCAAGCUGUUCAGCACCAUAGCGAGAGACCAGCAGUUCAAGUCUGCGCUGAGCCGCAUCGACCAGUCGCAGACGCUGAUCUGCAUUCUGUCGUGGUUCGACACGGUCUCGGCGCUGGUGUCGCCCGACUGCCGCGUGCCGUUCUGCAGCCCCGAGUGGUACGGCACGAAGCACGACGCGGUCUCCACCGCGCGCAUGAACGGCUGUCCCGGCGAGAUCUUCCAGGUGUUUGCCGACAUCUGCCACCUGCGCCACCGCCUGCACAGCCGCACGAUCUCAGGCGACGAGGUGGCCGCCGUGCACGGCGAGCUGCGGCAGCGGCUCGUCAACUACCGCGACUACGUGCCGCUGGAGCUGGCGGACUCGUUUGCGUACGAGGAGCGGCUCAAAGCGGCGCAGUGCUGGGCGAUCUCGGCGCUGAUCAAGCUGCUCGAGAUGUGCGAGCGCGGCCCGCACGCGCAGGACGUGAUCGAGAGCCUGACGCUGGAGUUCAUCCACACGUACGAAACGCUCCCCACGACGUCGCCGAUCGUCACGCAGAUGGUGUGGCCCGUGUUCAACAUCGCGCUGCACUGCAAAAAAGAGAGCUCGCGACGCAAGCUGCGGCAGUUCGCCCAGACGCUGUACAAGAUCGUCAACAUGGGCACGAUCAAGACGGCGAUGCAGCUGAUCGACGAGGUGUACGAGACGGGGUGCAAGGUGGAGGAGAUUCUGCAGACGAAGGAGUGGCUGGGGUCGGGCAUCGACUUUCUGCCGUGCUAGUGUAG